AUGCAGCUUCCUGCCUCCCCUCCGAGCCCCACGCCCGCUGCGGCCGCGCUGACCCCCGCAGGCCGCCCUCCGCCGCCCGGGCCUCCACCAGGCAGACAGCACGGCCGGCUCCCCCCGGCCUGCACGGCGGCGCUCGCCCUCUCAAGGACACCGCGCCCGGGCCGCCCCCCGCACCCGGCACCCCGGCCCCCUCCCUGCCUCGCGCUCCUUCCUCUCCGGGAGCAGGAGGGCGGCCCCCGGUCCGGGGGCUCGGGUUCCGUUAAACAUCAACCCUCAGCAGCCGCCCUCCGCCGCCCCGGCCUCCACCAGGCAGACAGCACGGCCGGCUCCCCCCGGCCUGCACGGCGGCGCUCGCCCUCUCAAGGACACCGCGCCCGGGCCGCCCCCCGCACCCGGCACCCCGGCCCCCUCCCUGCCUCGCGCUCCUUCCUCUCCGGGAGCAGGAGGGCGGCCCCCGGUCCGGGGGCUCGGGUUCCGUUAAACAUCAACCCUCAGCAGGUCAGCACGCGGGCUCUCAGCCGGGUGUGCGAUGCUGGCCGAGAGGAGGCUGAGGCGGCGGGUGGGGCGUGGAGGAACCUCUGUACCCGGGUGCUGCUUCUCGCCCUGGCGCUGCUGGCGUUUGGAGUCUAA